CGUACGUCGAAACAUGUCAGCACCUAAGGGCACCACGAAAGCACUUCUCUUCAUCAGUAGCACUUGCCUCCGUAAAGAAAUCAACCUCAGCAAUGGGUCUGCGUAAUUCACGGCCACAGCCGUUCCCUGGAGAUAUUCUUGAAUUCCCCCGAAACAAGUAUUUCUCCCAGUUUGGAAUUUACUAUGGAGAAAGAGAUGGCGUUCCCUAUGUGGCUCAUUUAACAUGCAGGGACUGUGAGACAAAGUUCCUCCUCUUUGGUCGGGGUUUGAACGCUGCUAUAAAGCUGGACCCAAUUGAUGUAGUUGGAAAAAAAUACAAAGUGAAUAAUUACCUGGAUGAUAAGCACCCACCUCGAGACUUCUACUCCCACAUCAAGCCAGAGAUUGAAGAUGCCAUGACUAAAACUUUCACCUAUGAUAUCCUGUUCCACAACAGUGAACACCAGGCAACACUGUUACGCUAUGGAGUCAAAAAGUCAGAGCAAAUUGAAAAGGCCUAUGCAAAGAUAGUUCGCACUUGGCGUGAACCAUUUGUGAAGAAGAAAUUUUGAUUGAGGGUCUCCAAAUCUCCACUUGGGGGCAGAAAAGAAACAUUCAAGAUUGUUCAACUGAAGCGUGGCAUGAAGUCAAACUCUGAGUGAUUCAUUCUGUGCUGUGAGUUUGGAGAAGUCAUUCCUGCUGUGGUACUGGAGGAGACUGGAGACUUUGGCAUUAGAAAAAUGAAUGUCAGCUUUCACAAAAUGUCUAAAAAGGAAGCUUGGUAAUAUCAAAACUGGAUUUCAAACUUCAUAUUUCUCUUUUUACUUGGAACAGUAUUUCUGUCCUAAGCCCGCAGGUUACAGAACUACUAUUUCACUGUACUGUUUUUCCACCUUCUUAAUGCUGAAGUACUGCAUUUCCUUUCCUCAAACUCUCAUCACAAUAAGCUAUCAUACUCUGAGUUAUUGGUUAUGUUUCAUCAUUAACAAGACAGAACUAUUUCCUUCCCUUCUCUUUUGACAUGCCAGUUAUAUCAGACAUUAGAUAAUUUGUACCCUCAGUACUGGAAACCUCCGCUCUUUACAUAAUCUGAAAUGUUCAUAAUCUGAAAAUCCCUUGGCAUAUUUUCUUUUUUUUAUCUUUAAAUGCCUUUGUCUUUACAUAAGAUUAUUUACGCAAUUAUUUCCAUAAGCUAUGUGUAUAUUAGAAUAUAGUUUGUACUCCACAAUGUCAGCAUAACAUAAGCUUUUGGAAUGUAAUAUUUCUGAUGCCUGUUUUUGUUUUAUUUUCUGCAAUUCAUAUUGCUC